AGAAGAUGCCAAAUUUUUGGUACAAGAAUGCUUGAAGAGAAAAGCCCACGUUGUUUCUGAGUUAAUGCCCUGCAUUGAUAUUCUUGAUAAGGCAAAUGAUUUUGAAAGUUUUUUCCAGUUUCUAAGCAAACAUGAUUUUAUUGGGUACCUCAACUAUAAGCUGCUAAAGAAAUUAUCUCAACUUGUCAAUGAUGACAGCCUCGACCAGCAUUUUGUUCAAUACGAAAAAGAAUAUGCAAGGUUACUAAGUGCAGCUUCCUUUCAAGAUUUUAUACCAUUGUUCAGAAAGCAAUCGGACUUAUCUCCUACUGCUCCUCUUGGCUUACCUUAUGUUUCCUUUCGUCUUGAAAGGCCUUGGUUGCUCACUAGUGUUUAUACCUGGGUCUCAACUUUUGGUGAAUUCUCAUGGUCAUACUAUGCACUUCUUAAAGAGUUAAGAGAGAAUUGCAUUAUCAUCACUUAUGCAAUAUUGCCAUCUGUUCUUGAUGAGGCCACAAGGGAUCUUAAAGAUCCAGUGAUACUGAAAAAGCUAGAGAAUAAAGGAGUUACUGUAAUUGAAUUACCAGAAGAAGAGGAAGAUCCACAGAUUGAUGAAUCCAUAGAAAAGCCAGCCAAAAAAAUGAAAGUUGAUACAAGUCCUUUAUUUAUGCAGUCAAAGACUGCAUCAAUUAAGAAAGCCAUUGCUACCACAAGUACUACUGUGGACAAAGAUAUAGCUAAUGCUACAAGGUCUCAUGUGACACCUGGAUUUGAGACUAAAGUAUAUGAGGUGGAAGCUGUUGAUGCAUCCAUUAACUUGUCUAUUAAUGCUUUGUGGAUUUAA